CGGUGCCUUGACAAACAUGUUUGUACUUAGAAAUAUGAAUGCAGUAUCAAGCUGUGCUGUCCAUUAUUUUUCACCAUCUUAGUCGUGGAUAAUUUUAUGGAUUUGCCCACCUUUUAAGAUUUUGUGUCGUAAACAAAUAGAUCGAGUCAUGACAGUCAAUAUAAUAGCGUCGAAAAUGACGGUUUACGGCCUACGUCACCCGUCUCCUCUCCAUACGUACGUAGCAAAUGACGCAAUUGGCUUUUUCAAUGUCUUAUCUACAGCGAGGUGUACUGUCAUUCGCCGAGUGACCGUCGCGCUGCGCACACGUCGAUACAUUGGCGCGGUUUAUUUUUGUUUCACUUUUGCCUUUAUACUUUUUCAACGUCGAGGACGAGGCGACGAAUCGUUCGCUGCUCGGUACUAGUGUUUUAAACUUGUGACAUUGGUGUGAAUAUUAUUAAAAAUAAUAAUUACAUUGAUUUGAUUGCAAUAAUGUAUAUGUCGGGAUUUUUUAUUUUCUCCUCCGAAUUAACUUCGAGAAUGACGCCACAAGAGGAGCGCGAGAACGCGCGCGGGGUAGAGAUCGCAGACGCCUUCGAGGAGGAAAUGUUCGGUCCGCCACGUACCGAGCCCGCCGCGAGGCCCAAACUCUCCAUGAUCUCGGCGAGGUUGAGGGCCAACGAGGAGCGCAAACGGGUCAUUGAGAUAUGCUCACAGAAGUUGGAGAAUAUCGAGGAUCCGGCACGCGACCUUCGCCGGUCGGUGUGCAUCAAUAACACUUACUGCCGGCUGAGUGAGGAGGCGCGCAAGGAGAAGGAGGCGCGGCGGCGGCGAGCGCGGGAGGAGUGCGAUGACUCGUGGGCGGGCAAGAAGGCGCGUCGCGAGGUAGAGGACGAGUGCCUCGCGUUACUGGACGCUAUCCCGGAGCUAGGCGACGCGAAUCUCGGGUGCGCGCAGCUGGCCCGGCAGGACGUGCCGUUGCUGCCGCCCGGCCUGCUCACCGUGCUCGACUCAUGACCGCGCCGCGCCACGCACCUCAACGCGCCGCUGUGACGCCAGCGAUCGGAAUGAGACGCGCUCGAGCCGAACGCGCUCGAAACGUUGACCGUGUUUCCGGACGUGCGCGCUCCAAACGACCCGGAGUGCGCUCCAAGCGAUCCGGGUCGCGCUCCGUACGGCGCUACGCCGCCAUGAGCGACCAGCGCUUACACGUCACCCGGACACUCAACGUGUAGCCAAUUCUUUGUUGUCUAAGAAGAGUACUUAUUACUUUGUUAGCAUGUUUUUUUAUUAUUUAGUGAAAGUUGCUCAGGCGCCGCCGCCGCGGGGGGCUCCAGUUAGUGUUCGAUGAUGGUUCAAUCGGAGGACCCUGGGCAGCGUCCGCCUCAGGACGCAAGGGAACGAGAGAUAAUCCAGGAAGUGUUGUUGGGUUACAUGGGAGAUAUAGUUGUAAGCCAUAAUGUUACAUUAUUAUAUUAUAUAAUUACUAAAGUAAUUAGUUUAUAAGUGAUAGUGCAAAUUACUGGGAACGGUCGCGAGGGCCUCGAAAGCGUAUAGUUUUUUUACUCGUUUUCUUAUGAUUAUUUUAUUUUAACUUUUAUUUGCGUUGUCGCGUUAGAGAUGGCUAUGUUUAUUAUUUCAAAUGGUAUCUGUUCCUCGCAUUCCGCUAACUUCGAAAGUAAAAGUUGAGCGACGAGUGAGCGAGCUCGCCCGGCACGGCUGGCGGCCGCCUGGUGGGCCAUCGCCAUCGCAUGCAACGUUCGACUGCGACUGCAGCCGCCAGUUUGUUGUUAACUGAAACAAAAUAAAAGCGCGUAUUUUGGAAGUAAUGACGCGCAUCAAGCCGAAGGCAGCUCGUGAGGCUCGCGACCUUCCUCGCGGAGAUCGGCAAGGGCAAAUGUUUGAGGGCCAACAGCCGAAUGUUCGAUGAAGCAUUGCAUUUUGACGAACAAAUCUUAGUAUUAAAUUUGUUUUGUUAUGUUUUGAGUUGAACGUUCUUAUUUUGCUUCUACGUUACCUUAUCUUAUAAUUUACGCCCUGUUACCAUACCUUAUUUAAAUCUAUUGAUAAAUGUACUUACGUUCGAUGGUUACGUAGCUUUUUAUUUUGAUACUGUAGCAACCGUUUAUAAUGUAUCUUGUUUUUGUAAUUGUUAAUUUAUUGUUUGAAUGGUAUAAUCUACAAUAUUUUGCGAUGGCCAUGCAAACUAUGCUUCGACGAGUAAUGGCAAUUUCUAUUGAAAUCUUAAUUGUCGCAAAAUAUAUCGGUAGUUGCCCGCUUCGCCCCCUCUGUAUAGUAAGUAGGCACGUCGGGGGAGGUCGCGGUGCGGUGGGAGGGGAGAGACGGGCAGGGGCGCGCCGUUCCCAGCACUCCUGUGAUAUUAGCCUAGACUGUUUGUCGUGUUCGUGCUAGUUUCCCCAUCUGACGACGUUUUUUUGACAUUGCGCUUUGUAAAAAGUAACGCUUGAGGAAAUGAAUCCUUUUCUAAAUCGGCGAUUUUAUACGGAUUAACCGGAUUUUGAAGCCGUUUAACCGGCGGUAGUGCGUUUAGAUGUCUCGUCACUGUACCAAUAAAUAUGUAGGUUGUUUUUUAUAUGGCGUUUGUAUGUUGAUAAGGAAAAUGUAUUAUAUAAUUAAGUGCUUGCGAUGCCUCAUAUUACUAUGGAAAUUGAAUGGUCGAUGAAAAUACGUUUGCACGCGUGGACUGCGUUAUGCAGCUAUUUUAACUUGUCCAAUUAAGGGGUCGUUCUACUAUUUAUAAGAAAAAUGUUGAGUAAAGUAAAAGUCAAAUUGUAGUAACCUAUAAGAUCGAAUUGUUAGUAAAACAUUGUAAUUAAAACAAGACCCUACAAAUAAAAAGGCUAUCAAUGUAAAGAUUUUCGGAGUAGUGAAGCGACCGCUCGAUAUUAUUGUUCAUUAGAUUUAACGGAAUCACAACCAAAUGUAUUCAGUAAAUCAAUUGUACACGCACACAUAUAAAUUAAGCAAAGAAUGUAUGAGCCACGUUUAUGUUGGCGUAAAAUAAAUUUUAUACACGAGUGAACGACCAAAGUUUCGUGGUAGAUAUUUAAAAUGUAUAAAACAUGGAUCAAAGAACUCGCUCGAAAGCGGGCCGUGAGAUUUUAUUGUAAAAUAAUAAAUAAUUUCAUUACCGAGCCUCUAUUUUUAUUUAGUAAACUUAGU